UCAGAUCAAACGUCAGUAGUGCGUUUCCUCACAGUUCCAGCACCAGCGCAGAGAAACUCAAGCUGACUAACCGAAGACUCCUUUAUUGCGGGGAUCUAUCUUUUUCCACUCUCUCUGGUGGGACUGUAACUUUUCAGCUCGGUACCAUCGUCGCUUCGCAAUGAGUGUGAGCGUGACCACGGAGAACGUCUUUCUGUCGGCGUUGCAGCCCAAUUCGACCGUCAGUACUUACGCGGUUCCGUCCGAAAACGAGCUCGCGCACGGCGGGUCUCACGCAAAGGAUGAGGCGAGGUUUAAGCGCGUGCACCAGCAGGUGACCAUGAGACUGAGGGAGAAGUCCACGCUCCCGCGCCAGAACGGAUCCUCGACACAAUACGCAGCCUCAGAGUCUGGGGAUUAUUCUACCAUGACAAAAGUUUCAACAAUGAGCCAAAACUUCACCCCAAAUUUCAGCUCUAAAUCCUUUUCCUCCGGCAGACCAAUGGUGGCGCAGCGUCCAUCCCAGUACUCUAGUGGUGGUUUCUCAUCCCGCUCUGCCAUUGAUUUCGCCCCAAGAACCAAAAUGAGUUACACAGCGGGAAGAGGAGGCGGGGCAUAUUACCGGGAAGAGGUUAUGGGCGGCGGUUAUCAGGCUGGCGGCGGAUACCAAGCUGGCGGAUACCAAGCUGGCGGUGGCCCAGUUCAACUGCAGCAGGUCGGCGCAAUGACUCGUUCCUUCAGCCGCAUGGGGGGCGACCCGGAGACGAUGUCGAUGCAUUCCAUGCGUGUGGCAUCCAUGCCACGCCAGGUUGCGGCUUCUUGGGCGGGACAGGAUGACAGCGACGGCAGCCAAGUUUCCGAACGUGAUGCCAUUUUUACACAACAGGCUUCCGUGAACAACGGCUAUGCUGCCAAAACCUUCCCACGCUCGUCCAUGUACACCACCUCUAGAGUGAACGGAUAUGAAAGCGGACAGCAGCAGGUCAACUCCAUGACGCUACCGGCCAUGAAACGCUCCCUCAGCGGGACGCUCGCCUCUAGCGGCGGAGGAGGCGUGGACCAGGAGGUCUACGUCAGCCGGCACUCCUACAAAGGCCCCGCCCACCGCACCAUCAACCGAAUCAACAAUCGGCAAUCGGUUCGCCAAACGUCCAAUACCUCAUCAUCCGGCAUGUACGGAAGUGUUGGAGGAUUCAAUGGCUCCCAGGGCAACCUGGCGCUGGUGCAGCAGGGAAGGCUGUCGCGUGCCGGCUCCGUAAGGAGUAUGCAUAGUGUUGGGAGAGGCAAGGAUGUGUUUGAUGGCAUGGAUUUCUCGGGAAGCAUGGGCAAUCUAAGCGGGAUCGACAGCUUGGACUUGCCUACUGCCCUGAACUAUCUUGAUACGUCCGAUCCUGAUCUUCAGGUGUUGGGAGCUGCCUACAUCCAACAUGAGUGUUACAGUAAUGGCGAUGCAAAGAAAAAGGUGAACCAGUUGAAGGGAAUUCCUCGCCUGUUGCAGCUGUUCAACAGUGAGAACAUAGACGUGCAGCGCUACUCGACCGGCGCCAUCAGGAACGUCAUCUAUGAGAACAUGGAGAACAAAGUGGGCCUUAUUGAAGCCGGCGGGAUCCCCAAGCUCAUAGAGACCCUAAAAGAACCAGACGACGAACUCCACAAGAACAUCACAGGUAUUCUGUGGAAUCUGUCCUCUAAGGAUAACCUGAAACAAAGGUUGGCACAGGAAACUCUUCCCGAAUUGACGGAGAGGAUUCUGAUUCCCCUCUCUGGCACUGGGGAACGGGAGAUCAUUGAGCUGACCGCCUCAGAGUCCGACAUCUUUAACAACACCACUGGCUGUCUCAGGAACUUGAGCUCAGUGAACGAGAAGACCAGACAACAGAUGAGAGACACCAAUGGCCUUAUAGAUGCUCUGGUUGGCUAUAUUAAGAAAUGCUUGGUAGACACUGAAGUGGAAGAGAAGGGUGUGGAGAACUCGCUGUGUGUGUUGAGGAAUCUGUCCUUUCAGCUGUACAGUGAGAUGGCCCCCUUGUCUCUGGCGCGGUUGGAGGGUCCAAGCCGAGCUGAGCGCCCUCAUAAAGCAGAACCUAUCGGCUGCUUCGCCCCUAAAGGCAAGAAGGCCAAAGACAGUCAAAAUCAGGACCUCUGCACAUUUACAGAAGUGUCGCGGGUGCCCAAAGCCAUAGAGUGGCUCUGGCACCCUGAUAUAGUGGAGAUGUACAAUCAGGUGCUUCAGCGCUGUAAGAUCAACACGACCACACGAGAGGCCGCGGCCGGAGCCCUGCAGAACAUCACUGCCGGAGAGAAGAGGUGGGCGUCCGUCUUGAGUCGUGUGGCGUUAGAGCAGAAUAGGAUGUUGCCUGUCAUUCUGGAUCUCUUCAAGACCAACAACGAUGCAGAGCUCCGUUCUCUCACCGGCUUCCUCAGAAACCUCACUCGUCAUGCCAAGGACAAGAACGAUAUGGCUUCUAAGGUGGUAAAUCCCUUGCUCAUCAAACUACCCUCCGACGGUCGCCAGAAGAACCCGUCAGAUGAGGUGGUGAUGAACAUCUGUGGAGCCCUCAACAACCUGGUGACCAGCAGCAUAGUGGCGGCACGGGACAUAGCCUACUUCGAUGGUCUGCCCAAACUGGUGGGCAUCAAGGACACCCACGACAGCAGUCCUGCCAAACUGAAAACUGCCCAAGCAGCGGCGACAGUGCUAGCCAACAUGUUCCAGUACAGGAAACUACACAAAGAUUACACAAAUAAAGGGUUCCGGAAAGAAAACUUUUCAGAGAACUAAACUGACCAGAUUGUGACAUUGGAAGAUAUUUAAUAAGGACAAUGGAUAAAGAAAAUACAUACUGCCGGAACACCUGCAACAUAUUUUGAAACAUGUGAAUGUGGAUAACACAUUUAGCCUUCCC